UUCUGGCUUUAGGAGCUGAAGACUCUUCCCAGGCACUUUCAGGUGGGACAGAAAUAAGGCUUUGGAACCAGUAUUUUCUCAUCACAGAAGGAACUUUAAAAUGCCUGGGAAGAUAGCCAUGAUCUUUGGAGUUUCAAAUAUACUUUGGAUAGUGUUUGCGGCCUCUCAGGCUUUUAAAAUUGAGACCUCCCCAGAAUCCCGGAUUCUUGCUCAGAUAGGUGACUCCAUCUCACUGACUUGCAGCACCACAGGCUGCGAGUCCCCAUCUUUCUCUUGGAGAACGCAGAUAGACAGUCCGCUGAAUGCCAAGGUGAGGAAUGAAGGCACCAAGUCCACGCUGACCAUGGAUCCCGUUAGUUUCGAGAAUGAACACUCCUAUCUGUGCACAGCAACUUGCGGAUCCAGGAAGGAGGAAAAAGAAAUACAGGUGGAUGUCUACUCUUUUCCCAAGGAUCCAGAGAUUCAUUUCAGUGGCCUUCUGGAGGUCGGAAAGCCCAUCAUAGUCAAGUGUCUGGUCCCUGAUGUGUACCCAUUUGACAGGCUGGAGAUGGAGUUACUGAAGGGUGACUCCCAUCUGAAGAAUCAGGAAUUUCUGGAAGAUAUGGACAAGAAGUCCUUGGAAACCAAGAGUCUUGAAGUAACCUUUACUCCUACCAUUGAAGAUAUUGGAAAAGCACUCAUUUGCCGAGCUAAAUUGCACAUUACUGAAACUGAUUCUGAAGAAUCAAAUCCCAAAGAAAAGGAGACUAACAAAGAACUGCAAGUCUACAUCUCACCCAAGAACACAGCUAUCUCUGUGCAACCCUCCACGAGGCUGCAAGAGGGUGACUCUGUGACUCUGACGUGUUCCAGUGAGGGUCUACCAGCUCCUGAGAGUGUCUGGAGCAAGAAAUUAGACAAUGGGAAUCUACAGCUUCUUUCAGGGAAUGCAACUCUCACAUUAAUUGCCAUGAAAAUGGAAGAUUCUGGAAUUUAUGUCUGUGAAGGAGUCAAUCAGAUUGGGAGAAACAGAAAAGAGGUGGAAUUAAUUGUUCAAGAGAAACCAUUUACUGUCGACAUCUCCCCUGGACACCAGGUUGCUGCCCAGGUUGGGGACUCAAUUGUGUUGACAUGUAGUGUCACAGAUUGUGAGUCCCCAUCUUUCUCUUGGAGAACCCAGAGAAACAGCUCUCUGAGUGGGAUGGUGCGGAUUGUGAGGACUGAGUCCACAGUGAACUUGAGCUCUGUGAGUUUAGAGAACGAAGAUCAAUACCUAUGCACAGUGACAUGUGGACACAGAAAAGUGGAAAAGGAAAUCCAGGUGGAGCUCUACUCAUUCCCUCAAGAUCCAGAAAUUGAGAUGAGUGAUCUACUAGUGAGUGGGAAUCCUGUCACUGUAAGCUGCAAGGUUCCUUUUGUGUAUCCUUUUGACCACUUGGAGAUUGAAAUACGUAAAGGAGAAACUCUUAUGGUGAAUAAAUACUUUUCAGAGGAAAUGGACAUAAAAUCCCUAAAGAACCACAGUUUGGAAAUGACCUUCACUCCCACCACUGAAGAUACUGGAAAUGUGCUUGUUUGUCAAGCGAAGUUACAUAUUGGUGAAAUGGAAUCUGAACCCAAACAAAGGCAGAGUACACAGACACUUUAUGUCAAUGUUGCCCCCACAGAUACCACUGUCUUGUUCAACCCCUCCUCUAUCUUAGAGGAAGGCAGUUCUGUGAAUAUGACAUGCAGUAGUAACGGCAUUCCAGCUCCAAAAAUCCUGUGGAGCAGACAGCUCAGUAAUGGAGAUCUACAGCUUCUUUCUGAGACUACCACACUCACCUUAAUUUCCACAAAAAUGGAAGAUUCUGGCAUUUAUGUGUGUGAAGGGAUUAACCAGGCUGGAAUAAGCAGAAAAAAAGUUGAACUAACUAUCCAAGUUGCUCCAAAAGACAUACAACUUACAGCUUUUCCUUCUGAGAGUGUCAAGGAAGGAGACAUGGUCAUUAUCUCUUGUACAUGUGGAAAUGUUCCAGAAACUUGGAUAAUUCUGAAGAAAAAAACAGAGAUGGGAGACACAGUGCUAAAGUCUAUAGAUGGUGCAUACACCAUCCACAAGGUGCAGCUGGAGGAUGCAGGAGUAUAUGAAUGUGAAUCUAAAAAUAAAGUUGGCUCAGAAUUAAGAAGCCUAACGCUGGAUGUUAAAGGAAGAGAAAAUAAUAAGGACUAUUUUUCCCCCGAACUUCUUGUUCUCUACUGUACAUUCUCCUUAAUAAUACCUGCCUUCGGGAUGAUCAUUUACUUUGCAAGAAAAGCCAACAUGAAAGGAUCAUACAGUCUGGUAGAAGCACAGAAAUCAAAAGUGUAGCUAACAUUUGAAAUAUUCAACCAGAGAUGCUACUUAUAAAUCCAAUAAUACUGCUCGUCAUUCCACAAGAAAAACAAUGAGCUGAGUUCAGACUUCCCAGAAUGCAUUAAAAACAUAAAGGGAGGGCCGGGGAUUUAGCUCAGUGGUUCCACCGCCUGCCUUGCAAGUGCAAGGACCCGAGUUCAAUCCCAGGUACCAAAACACAUAAAGGAAUGGCCACUUGUCCCCUUUGCUGUGAGCAAGAAGCCAACGGAAACCUUAGUGCCUGAAAAGUCACUGCCACUGAAGUGAGAUGACUGGAAAAGUUUCCCUGAUGUGUAUAUACAAUAAUAUAACCUGUACAUAUGUAAAGUAAAAUUAUGCCACACAAGGUGGCUUGGAAUAGCAGCACUCUAUACUCAGAUCAUGAGAACAACUAACUAGUUUGGUUUAGACUGACUGUUAAUAACUUAAUACAUCUGUGGGAAAUUUAAUGUUAACUUUGACUGGCAGCUGACCAAAGUGAUCUAAUAUUUUCUUUUCUUUAACAAAAUUUUGUUCUUACAAAGUUUAUUGAAGUCAUUUCAUGUUUUAUGAAGAAGCCAGGGUUUUAUAUGUGUAAAGGGAAAUGAUAAAGAGGGCCCCGGGUUGGCUUUCAGGUACUAAACACCAUAACCUAGGCAUACUGGCUGACUGGACUUCUCUGUAUGGUACUGGCAUGGUACGGAGAUGCUUUAGAAUGUUCGUUCAUCAGAAUCUUGUGUAACUUCAUUAAUAGAGUUUUUAAAUGCAACUUCUUUUCAUUUUCCUUUGUAAAUAUUUAGUUUUUUAUAGUAAAGUGAUAAUUUCUGGAAUUGGAA